GCCAAAGCCUGAUCUCAGAUCAGAUUCUGCAGGAGCUGCACUGACUGGAAACACAGUGACUUUGACCUGUAACACUGAUCUGUCCACCGGAUGGGACUUUUACUGGUACAAAAACACACAAGAGUCUGAGAUAAAGAUGACAAGAACAAACUCCUACAGCAUGAAGAUUGAUUCAGUGUCUGAUGGAGGCCAGUACUGGUGUAGAGCUGGAAGAGGAGAACCAGUCUAUUACACACAAUACAGUGAUGAACUGACACUCAGUGUUACAGAGAGUCCUAAAGCUGUGGUGACGGUGCGGCCUGAUGAACGUGUGUUCAGAGGAGAAACAGUCACUCUCAGAUGUGAUAUAAAGUGGAGAGGAAACACUGAGUGGACAUACAGGUGGCAAAUAGACACACAACAGACAGCAGACAAACCCAUCAACCCCUGUACCAGACCAGACUGCUGCACCAGUGGAACCAACCAACAACACUACAGAACUGCUGUGAGCCGGUGCUCAGCACAAGAGUUGAAGAUCAGCCGUGUUGAGGUCUUUCACCGUGGUAAAUACAGCUGUACAGGACAGAUGAACACUCAGAUCUCUCAGCGCAGUGAUGCUGUUGCUCUGACUGUGUCUUCAGAUGAAGCUCAGGCAGCAGUGCGAGUGUCUCCACAGCCGUGGCUCACUGAAGGACACUCGGUGACUCUGAUCUGUGAGGUUCCAGGCUCCUCUACAGGCUGGACGUUCAGCUGGUUCAGAGAUGCUGAUCAUCUGUCAGACAGCAGCAGAGGAGCUGGAGGCUCUUACACUCUCAGUCCUGCUGCUCUACAGCACACAGGAGUUUAUACGUGCAGAGCAGAGAGAGGAGAACCAGCCUAUUCCUCACAGAACAGCAGCGCACAGCCACUGUGGGUCACUGGUGUUUCUGCUUCAGUGCGCCUGGUGCUCAGGCCCAGCAGAAGUCAACACUUCUCCUCUGACUCUCUCUCUCUGAGCUGUGACUCUGCUGGAUGGACAGUGAGAAGAUACACACACACAAACACACAAGAUUGUUCAGCACAAACAGGAUCUACAUGUGGAAUCCAGUCUCUCAGCACAUCUGACACUGGAGUUUACUGGUGUGAGUCUGAAUCUGGAGAGAAACGCCAUCCUCUGAACAUCACUGUACAUGAUGGUGCUGUGAUUCUGGAGAGUUCUGCUGAUCCUGUGAUUGAGGGAGAAACUCUGACUCUACACUGUUUACAUCGAUCUACAAACUCCUCCAUCCUCACAGCUGAUUUCUAUAAAGACGGAUCACUGAUCCAGAAUCAGACGACAGGAGAGAUUAGCAUCCCUACUGUCUCAAAGUCUGAUGAGGGUUUCUACUACUGUAAAACAGAUAGAGGAGAGUCGCCGCACAGCUGGAUCUCAGUCAGAGGCCAGCCCGUGCCAGUCCACCUGCACCCCGACUCUCUGAUGUUCUCCAUGAGCAUCGCUCAAAACUUCAGGCUGCAGGGAGAAUAUGGCGAAAAACUAAAAAUCCUGCACAGCUCAUAA